CAAUUCGUGAGAGCGGCUGCAUCAGAUAAUACGUUACUUUCUUGUGGCUAUGGCGGUUGAUGUGCAUAAAGAGGUUUCGCGUACAAAAUUUAUUGAUAGAAUAGAUGUAAAUAAUGAAGACUACACUCGAGAAUUAUUAAGACCUCCAGAUAUCAAGGAGGAUGUGAAACUAAUGCAGGAACGUAGUCGCGUUUCACUCAUAUUACGUUCUGCAUAUUUUCGGAAAGAAUUGGAAAAGAUUGUGGCAUCUUCAUUAAAAUCUGGGUGUCUUAACGCUAAUGUUAUUGCCCUCAAGCAAAUUAUUGAGUAUCUGACACCACAAACUCGAUUAGGAUCUUCUGCUUUCACAAGAGGUGCUACCGUCCCUGUAGUACCGAUUAAUGAUUUACGCACUGCUCAACUUGGCAGCUAUGUUAAAGGAGAGCGCCUUAUACGAUGCAAAUUGGCUUCUGUCUACCGAUUAGUUGACAUCUUUGGUUGGAAUACAGGAAUCAAUAAUCAUAUUACGGCUCGGGUGUCUCGAGAUACUGAUGAAUACUUGAUCAAUCCCAUUGGUUUAUUGUACAACGAACUAACCGCCUCUUCUCUCAUAAAAAUUAACCUUGAAGGGUCUAUUUUGGUUCAAGGAUCUGUUGAUCUAGGCAUCGAUAGGCAGAGUUGGAUGUUGCAUGCAGCUGUUCACAGUGCCAGACCAGAUGUCAGGUGUAUUAUUCAUCUAAGUACUUCAGCUGCAGUAGCAGUAUCAUGUACCAAUGCAGGUCUUUUACCAAUCAGCCAAGAAGCCAUGAUUUUGGGUGAGACAGCUGUUUACGACCCGUUAAUUGUUUUGAAUAAUCUUCAGCAAAAUGGAGAAGAAGACUUAGACUCUCGCAAAAAGCGUCAUUUUCAUGCACAGAAAGCAGAAAUAUCUCGGAUACUUUCGGAAAGAUCUCCCAGUUGUAUGGUUUUAUUGGUUCGUAGUUAUGGUCUCUUAGCUUUGGGACAGUCAAUUGAGGAAGCAUGGUUUAUUGCUUUUACAUCCAUGUUAGCGUGCGAAGCACAGUUACGUUUGGCGAGCAUUAGUCUGGAUGAAUUGGUUAUCCCUACCAAAGAAGCUCAAGAAGCCGCCCACUCAGUAGGACGUACUCCUUCUGCUGUUCAACUGCGAGUUGGCGAAGUCACUGGUAGUUCAGGUUGGAGGCGUGGAGAACUUGAAUUCGAGGCAUUAAUGCGUAGAUUGGACUCUGCUGGAUACCAUACAGGUUAUGUUUACCGACUAAGUCAAGUGCGUCAGGGUUCAACUACUGCAUCAACUCUCCAGCGUCCGCCAGCAGAUUUGCUGGAUAAUAACUCCACUCAACAAUCUCGUGAUGCCGCAGCCCAUGUCCGUCGUGCAGCUAGUCUUGGUCGUGGUCUUCGUGGCCUCAAAGAUGUAGAGAUACCUCCUACAGUUUCAUCUUUUGCAACUUCAUACUAUGGGGAUGAGGAAAGUAGAGCUACUGCUAUUGCUGAGAUGAAGGCCAAGACACUCUCGCUUUCACGUGCACACUGGCUGAGCACACCGAAUGCGUACCUUCGGGAAGAGAUUGAAGAAGUGGGUACUCCGAAUCCUAAAAAGAUAACCCAUUGGACAGAGGGGUCAGAUACCAAUAAAACACGUACCGGUGGAGUAGCUGUCCCGUUGGUUGAUCCCAAUCAAUUCGCCUUGCAGGGUUCGGAUCCACAGGAGUUUAAGAAUCAGCAGAAGAAGGUGAAAGAUAAAUAUUACAAGGAUGUAAGAUCUGCUGGACCAAAAUCUCGAAUUUUGCAAGGUAUUGACCUAGAAGAUGAGUCAGAUGAGACUGAUGGGGGUAUCGCAUCACCUAAGGUUGUCAGUCCGAAAGGCACACUGCUUCGAUUGGAUCCUUCCAACCCUCCGUCUCUGGAACCUGGACAUGUUGUUGUGGUUGGGGCAGCUAGUAAAGGUAUCAUUAAUCGUAAUCAGAGACACAAUGUUGGAGUUUACCAGUCUGUAUACUCGCCAAAUCCAUUUGAUAGGAUGACAGACGAAGAUCUUGAGCGCUACAAAGAAAAUGUUGAGCGUAAAGCCAAAGGCUUACCCUCAUUAGAGGAGGAAGAGGCAAGAGCUCGCAUAGAGGAAGCUCGGCAGGCUGUGGUGGUGGCACGAGAGGCGAUGGAAGCAGCUUCUCGUAUGGGUUCAGAACAAAAUUGUAAGCUUUUUCAUUUGUUGACACUGAUAAUGUUUCUAAAUUUUCUCGUAACUAGUAUUAAUUCAUUUCAAGUAUUCUGUAUAAAACAACAUGUUCAGUAACUCAAUCAAAGGUUGACAAGCAACCCUUUCAUAUUACCGCAAACUGUGUUUAUAAAUUUACAUGUACCUACCAAAGCAGCUAGACUGGCCGAACAGAAAGGAGGGCAUAUCUUAGAUUUUUUUGAACAUGUUCCUAAAAGCCUCGAAAUAAGAGAAAGAAAGACUCUAGAUAGUGUAAUUACUAAACAUCUUGAUACAUGACAUCAGGUCGAUACUUUGCAAUCUUUCAAGGUGAUUAAUAAAUAGCUAAACUCCAGUCUUCUGAAGUUUUGCUGAAGCCGUUGCUAUCAGGCGUUAAAAACCUGAUUCAUGUGUUCAAAAGGAGAUGGUUAUUAAUCUUUCCUUGCAUUAGUGACAAAUGUUCCUUCGUUGCAUCUAAAAACAUUUACUAAAAAACUCUUUCUUGAAUUUACUCCAUCAUUGAGUUUUGUAUUUCGACUAUGUUCCAGAUUAGUAAUUUUAUUUUAUUAACUGAGCCUUACUCAUUUUAUUCUUAUCAACGUUUACUCAUUUUGUAAUCACUUGUUUAUGACCGUUUGAACUUAUGUUAUAACCAGUGUUGUAGAAUAUUUUUCUACAUAAGGUAUAAUUUACAAUAUUCAGUUUAUUAAGUUUAUUUACACCCUUACUAUACUGAAUUAACAUAACUGCCAACUAAGCUCUUUCAUGUAAGUAAUUCAAAUCCACUUUGUAAUUACAGUUUUUAAAUAUCACAGGUUGUAAGCAGCUGGCAAGAACCAACGAAAUAAAAUGAAUUCAUGCUAUUCUGCUAGAAUCUUUGUUCUUGCUCUUUUCAAAUAUUAUGAGUUGUAUUUCGUUGGUCUAUCUCAUUGAAAUGAAUUAACUGGGAAGAAUAAUCAUAGGAUUAUGAUCUCAUUUGAUUUUUUGCUUUUAAUACGCUGAACAGAAAUCCAUUGUAAUUUGUGAAUUUCUAGCAUCACAAGUCACUUUGGUUGAUUUUUAUGUGCUCAAUAUUGAAUAUUGACUCAGUGUGUCAAUGUCAACUUUAUAAUUCAUACGUUCUGAUCUCUUGAUAAAAUUAAAUAAACCUAGGAAACUUUAAGCUUGGAAACAUUGUUUUAUAAUACUUUCAUCCCUUACAGUUUCCCGACACAUUUGUACUUAUAACUUAUUAGUCUAUUGUGCAGUAUAAAAGUACUGUUCAUUAUUGGCUGUGAUCUCAUACACUUAGCGCAACUCAAUCUCGUUCACUCAGUGAAAAUGUUAGUGUUUCCAAUAUUAGCGUGAUAGAUAUUGUCAUUCGUUUCAUCACUCUCAACGAAUUGCACUUGUGUGUCAUGAGGUGAUAGUGUUGAUCCUCUUUUUGAAUUGAGAUUACAGUUAUUUUUAUUUCGUAUAGUUACACCACAAAAUUAUGGAGUAUUUGCUACGUGAAGACAGUAAUAACUCAUUAGACAUACCUGAAUAUUUAUACCAGUAAUUCAGUUAAGGUUUAUACUGAUAAUCUUGACUGAAUUUGAUUUUGAAGCUCUCAAUAUUCUGAAAAUUGGAUAAAAGUUUCUCCUUGCUAUUUUCAUAUCUUAGAUCAUGGAGAAUUUAGUUUAGACGUAAGUCGUAUUCAUGCAGUUCGGUCAGAUACCAGUGGAGCUGAAGCUAGUCAUGAUGAUACUGAAAAAGAGGUUAGUUAUGUUUAUUUAUUCUAAGGCGUUCACGAUUUUGAGUAAUAAUUAACAACAGUUAAACAUUGAAAGUAUGAAUACCAGGUUUAUUUCUCGAUCAAAAUUCAAAAAAACCUAGUGUUUCGUCACAAAUACGUAUCAUUAUACACAAAACAUACGUCAAACUUCAGAAAAAGGAAACUUGAUAAGUUAUUAGUGGAUUCUGAUGAUUUAUUUUUAUUUAUUUUCAUCAUUUUCUAUGAGGUAGUUGCACUCCAAAUAUUGCUCUAAACAAUUAUUGGUAUCAUUGUAGUAUUAUUUUACCCAUACCCGACUUAUUUAUAGACCAAAAUCGAAAUAACAGUCAGUAAUUGAAUAACUACGUGUUAAUAACCCAGAAGUUAGUGUUAAACAUUCAAAACUUAAAUAAAAUUCAUAAAUCAUAAUAUUGGAAGUCCCUUUAAUUCACAAUAUGUUACAAAAUCAGCAAACCAAAGAUUUAUAAACAAAAUGUCCCAGUUAGAUCUACGCAAUGAUCAGUUUACCUCACCACAUGAUUGUCGGCUAAUUAGAAGUAGGACAUAACGUUUUGGCCAACGACUAUGCAGAUCUACUUGAUACAAUAACAUUGUUGACCGAAAUCCUAAUCUCUUAACUUUAUUAGAAACCGAUUACAAACGACCACUACUUAUGUCCUCGAAGAAUAUCCACUUUUAUUUUUAUAGUACGAUAUACCGUCAAAUUGACAGGAUAGAAAUGAGUCUACAGAUACUGCCUAAAUGAUUUCUCAAUUCACUCUUUGUUGUUUUAUUUUUAAUCAAACCACUCGAAUGUUCAUUUGGUUAGCUGAAGAGAUUAGUUUCAUUUUGAAAAACCAGUGAAAAUCAGGAACCAAUAAACAAGUAUUUGGCCUAACUUCUAACAAAGUAGAGUGCGCCUGCAUCUAAUCCACGGACAGAAUGUGGAACCUUCAGGUUUCACUGAGAGUGUCCUCGAAGAAUAUCCACGUUUAUUUUAUAGUACGAUACACUGUCAAAUUGACAGAAUAGAAAUGAAUCUAUAACUACUGCCUUUGCAGAUAAUUUUAUUUUUCUACAUUAUUCCUCAAGUCACAUAUUUGGAGUGUGGUUAUAAAUCUCAUAUAUUCUUCUCUCUCCUUUUAGACUAGAAAAAAUGACAGUAUAUUAGAAAGGAAAAAGAAACGUCGUUUCAAAAUGCCUUCAUUUGCUCGAAAAUCCAAGAUUAAAGAAUCAAAAGAAAAGAAAUGAAUAGAACUCAUACGUUGAUAUUUGGGCUACUUAUUUAUUUAUAAGUAGGCAAUAUAUCAAUAGCUUCAACAUUUUUUCAGCAUUAGAAGCAUGCGCCAAAAUGAACUUAGUAUGAAAUACUUUAUGGUUGUUUUCAAUUGCUUUCUUCAUAUCUGUGCGCUCGGCUUUUUGUCUGUCUGAUUAAUAAUUUUCAAUUGCAUACGCCGUUAUUAUUUGGGCUUACAUCGAAUAUAAUUCACCUCACCUAAAUUUUCCUGCAAUUUCGAAUAUAUAGAUAAGACAAAUAAAAAGGAACGAAUCGAAUGUCAAAAUGGGAAUUUUCACUAUAUAGAUAAGAUAUGGAUUUAGAUCCUUUCAUUUCUACGUUUAAUCCCUAAUCUACUAACUUAUGACUUGUUGUGGAAUUCCUUGAAAUUUAUGUUGAUCUGUCACAGUGGCUCGUUUGUUUAAUUUUGAUUUUUCUUGCUUUGUUAAGAAUUAUGCACUAUUUGUUCUUGCGAAUGAGUAAAUAAAAUCCUGAUUUUGUCUAUAGUUGGUUGUUACUCCUGUGUAAGUGCAUUAGAUUAAACUGAAGUUUAGUUUUUAUACUGAAUCCACUAUGGCUUCAUGUAUAAUCUUUCAUUUUCUAUAUUGAUUUAUUAUUUGCAUCUAUAAACGCUUUUUUAUUUAUAAGCUUCAGUCUUGCUACACGAAGAUUCUGGUAAAUUACAUUCUUCAGGAUAUCCAUACCAAAAGUUCGAAAAAUAUUCGGACACGUUUUUAAUCUUGGUUAUAUUUUGGUUUGCUUCGAUCUAUUGCUUAGCGGUCAGUGAAACGCAAAGUAAAACCUGACACAUUUGUAUUGGUUCGUGUUACCACACCACAUCAGCGUAGUGAAAUAAAAUUACCGAAAGUAGUUGAGUUAGUUACAGCAUCAGUAUUAGCAGUAAUAGAAAAGAUAGAUUAUAGAAAGAAAAAAAAUUCAAGGAGAUUUCAGGAUUCAUGAUUUAAGUAAAGGUUAAGAGUGGGUGUAUCUGCGCUAUGUCUAUCGAUUCUGAGCCAUAUCAUCCGAUAUCUCCAACCACUGAUUGCAGUAAUUACGCUAGUCUAAUUGAUCAAUCUGGCCAGUUUGUUUGAUUUUUGGAAAUUUUCCUAGCUCUAAUAACUCGGUGGCUAGUUAAAUUUCAGUGCGAAUAGAAAUAGCUUGUUUAGUGUUUACCAAAUUAUUCUAUAAGUAGCAUGUACAAAUUGUUUAUUUACCUAUAGAUAGACAGGUAUUUCACCAAUUAUUUCUCUUAGUAUAGCUCUACUACCAUGAAAUGUGACUACUGAAAAUAUAAUAUAUGUGUUACUUAGAUAUAUUUUAUCAUACACAUGCUCACCAUCGUUCAUUUGAUUGCCAACAUUAAAAAUAGGUUGGGAAAAGGUUAAAUGUAACUAGAUAACAACAUCAUACUAGUACAUAGGAAUGAUUGACUUUUUGUCUUAACGGUAUAUCUCGGCACUGGUUUAUGUGGCUAAAUUUAACAAGACGACCACUGUCAAUAUAUUUUGAUCAUGGAAUAUGACUCAAUCAGUUUCGACGAUGCACAUACAUUCAUUCUUUAUUCUAGAUCAUUCAUUGUUCGAUCUAAUUUGUUGCUUUUCCCUUUAUCUCACAUUUUUCUUAUCCGUGUGGCUAUUUCUUUUUAGUAACCGCACUUUACUCUUUUUUUCCAUUGCUGACACAAUGUAUGAAAUUUUAGAUCGAUAGAGAUUUGUGCUGAUUACUACGUUGAUGAUCCGUCUAAUUUUCACAGUUGUCUCGAGAUUGGCACUCACAACUGGCAUGUUUUUAGGCUAGUGAUACACAGAGGAAUUGUUUAUCUGGCAGGUCAACUUUAGUUUUUUUUCAUGCAAAUCCAUUUAUUAACUUGAAAGUACCAAGGACACUUAUUAAAGCAGAAUCACAUGAAUUCACUAUAUUUCGUUAUUUUCUCACCGACUGCUUACAACUUGUAAUAUUUCAAGAUAAAGAAUCACAAUUGGAAAUCAGCAUAUUUAUGGAAAUAAAGUUUAUCAGAAGUUAGUGUACAAAUGUAUCAGUAUGGUGUGGUAAGGAUACGUAAGAAAUAUAUAAUAAAUAAAUCGAAAUGUUAGAACUGGAAUAUCAUAUGUUAAGAUCAGUUCCGAAAUAUCGUCCAGCUUAGUAACAAAAGACCACAGGGUGGUAAAUAAGUGUUUCUAUAAUGAAAUACACUGGGUAAUCGUAAUGGUCUUUCACCAGUUGACCACUUAGAUCUCCACUCUCAGUGAAACCUGAAGGUUCCACAUUCUGUCCGUGGAUUAGAUGCAGGCGCACUCUACUUUGUUAGAAGUUAGGCCAAAUACUUGUUUAUUGGUUCCUGAUUUUCACUGGUUUUUCAAAAUGAAACUAAUCUCUUCAGCUAACCAAAUGAACAUUCGAGUGGUUUGAUUAAAAAUAAAACAACAAAGAGUGAAUUGAGAAAUCAUUUAGGCAGUAUCUGUAGACUCAUUUCUAUCCUGUCAAUUUGACGGCAUAUCGUACUAUAAAAAUAAAAGUGGAUAUUCUUCGAGGACAUAAGUAGUAGUCGUUUGUAAUCGGUUUCUAAUAAAGUUAAGAGAUUAGGAUUUCGGUCAACAAUGUUAUUGUAUCAAGUAGAUCUGCAUAGUCGUUGGCCAAAACGUUAUGUCCUACUUCUAAUUAGCCGACAAUCUUGUGGUGAGGUAAACUGAUCAUUGCGUAGAUCUAACUGGGACAUUUUGUUUAUAAAUCUUUGGUUUGCUGAUUUUGUAACAUAUUGUGAAUUAG